AUGAAAGUAAUUUAUCAAAAAAUUAAAGUUUUUGAUACAUAUGUAGAAAAAGAAUUCCGUUUCAACAAUAAAAAUAAACAAAUUAUUUCUAUUUGGCUUUCAUUAACAGAAGAAAAAAAUAAAGAAUUUGGACAUUCUAAAUUAUUAGAAGAAGACAUGAAAACUGAUAAGAUCUUGAAUAAGAAAGAAAGCAAAGAAUUCAUUGAAAAAGCAAUUGAUAAUUUUUACAGAAGGAUAAUCAAUAACUAUAUGAAUAUAG